UCCGAAAUCCUUAGGCUGAGAGUCCUUUGCCUCGCUGGAGAGGAUCUUCUUCCGGUAUCCAACCAUAUUCAUAAAGUUGAUGGGAUCCAAACCUAACAUAAAAAGUUGAUAAAGGAUUAAAGGGCUACUCAAGAAUCCGUAGGGCAUAAAAAAAGAUAUGGGUGCUUCCCAAUCGGGUUCAGAAAAAUCAAUUCAUGAAUUCAGAGUCAAGGACUAUAAGGCCAAGGAUGUGGACCUCAGUGUUUAUAAAGGGAAAGUUCUUCUGGUGGUCAAUGUUGCCUCCAAAUGUGGGCUUACCGAUUCGAAUUACACCCAAUUGACUGAGCUCUACAACAAAUACAAGGACAAAGGUUUUGAGAUCUUAGCAUUUCCAUGCAAUCAAUUUCUGAAGCAAGAGCCUGGGUCGAGUGAGCAGGCACAAGAAUUUGCAUGUACAAGAUACAAGGCUGAAUAUCCAAUUUUUCAUAAGGUUCGUGUAAAUGGCCCUGAUGCUGCACCAGUCUACAAAUUCCUCAAAGCACACAAAAGUGGAUUUCUUGGAUCUAGGAUCAAAUGGAAUUUCACCAAGUUUCUAGUUGAUAAGGAAGGAACUGUCCUCGCCCGCUAUGGCCCAACAACUGCCCCAUUGACCAUUGAGGCUGAUAUCCAGAAAGCCUUGGGAGACAAGUGAGGAACUUCAUGUUCAGUAUAGAUAUAAAUGUGGAUUAGUUCAAUUAGAGAACAUGAUAAAAUUAAUUAAAAGAAUGAUUCUGGUGUUCUAUUCAGUUAAUAAGUUUGUAUUGGUUGUAGUGUCUAGCCCUUGUAAUAUAUGAUGAUACGCUCUAUUUCCAUGCCUUGCUCUAUGGCUAGAAAUUUAGGUACUUUUACAUUUUCCUUUUAAGCGUGAAAUUGGAGUUCUGCUUGUUCCUUUGGAUUUCUUCAAUGGAAGCAUAUGUUAUUUUUCUUUGUUGACAA